AACGCGAGUGUCAUCCCGUGUUCGUAGCUCCAAAGGACUGUUAACCUCUAUGUAACGUGUUAAGUGAUAAUAAGGGUGAAAAUUCUAGACCGUUCAGUGAGGUGGAAAAUAUCGUGCAGUAUCCGUGGUUGGCACCCAUUUACUCACCGGAACAGCCAAUGUUAUUUUAAGGCGCUCCCGUGGCCCUUUAAGGGAAUCCAGCGAUGGUGGACUACUACAGGGUUUUGGGCGUUACUAAAGUUGCCACAGACACUGAAAUAAAGAAAGCGUACAGGAAACUAGCCUUGAAAUGGCAUCCCGACAAAAACCCAGACAACGCCGACGAGGCGAAUCGAAAAUUCAAAGAGAUUUCCGAAGCCUAUGAAGUUUUAUCAGAUGAAAACAAGCGGAAAUUGUAUGACGCCCGCGGAUCCAGUCACCACAGUCACAGAUAUCAGAGCAAGAACGGAGUCAAUGGCCAUCGACACUAUAGCUUCAAAGGGUUUUUCGGAGACACGCCUUUUCAUCGAUUCUUUGAAAGGAAGAGGCGAGUGUAUGACCAGUAUGGCAAGGAGGGCCUGAACAACUCCCGCGGGCGGCGCUCGGCCGCGGACGACGACUAUGACUUCGGCUACUCGACUGGUUUCCCGUUCACAUUCCGAGACCCAGAGGAUGUCUUCAGAGAGUUCUUUGGUGGUUCCCCAUUCGGCGAUCUAUUUGCUGAAAUAAAUGGGCACGGGCACCGGCACGGGCACGGGCACGGGCGGCGCGCGCACGGCAACCACCACGCGAGCACGUCGCUGACGUCGUCGCUCUUCAGCCCGUUCGGGUUCGGCAUGGGGCUGGACGACAUCUUCGCGCGCGCCUCCAACGGCAACUCCUUCACCUCCUUCUCCACCUUCAACAGCUCGCUGGCGGGCCAGGGCAGCGGCAACAUGCGCAGCACCACCACCACUACCAGGGUCGUUAAUGGGAAGAAGAUUACUACUAAAAAGGUAACAGAGAACGGUCGGGAGACGGUGAUGUCCUACGAAAACGGGAUUUUGAAAUCAAAGACUGUCAAUGGUGUACCUCAAUCUCUAACCUACAGUUAAACAUUAAUUAUAGUUCAUUGUAACCAAACUUGAUCCAAAUGACAACUCUAUACUCAAGAUGAUAAGCUAAUGAAUGUUCCAUCUUAUAAUUAUUCUGCUUUAAUUAUUUUGGAGAAAUUGUAAAUUUGCUGUGGUAAAACCUGAAUUUACUUAUUUUGUGAUAGUUAAUUUUGGAUAUAUUGUAUGACAAAUUGUAACUUACAAAACAAAGCUUCAACUCUUUUUCCAAAAAGAAAACUAGUUGACAAGUUAAACUUUGUUAUGCGAUAGAAUCCAAGUUAACAUUUUAUGAAUAUUGGUUGUUAGUUAUUAUACUGAAUUUACUUAGUAUUCUUUCGCUCAGAGCCCUUGCCUGCUAAAUCCAUUAUGUAAAGGAGCAGAAUUGGGUUAGAUUGACUCUAAAUUGAGUUUACAUUUAGCUUUUAAAUGUCACGAGUACUGAGGUAUCAUGUUCGCUCAUGUCACGUUUGUGUUCUGUGAAACGACGCACGCGCGCUUUUGCUGAUCUCGACGUGGUUUUUAAACUAAAUAUAUUGAUUGGGUGUCUCUGACUCGGGACACCAUAACUGCUGCCAAUUCAUUACUUAUUUUAAUAGUUGUGUAGUUAGUAUUUAAUCAUUUAUUUUUGCAACUUUAUAGCAUGGUGGUAAAGAAGCGUAAUUGUAACUAUGUAACUUCUUUAAUGUUUUUAAAAUAAUCUAUAUGUACGCAAUCGACUAGAAUGUGAGUCGCCUAUGACUGCCGUCGACCAUACUCGUAACUCGUAAACACUUGAAGCUUUAAGAGGACUGUCAACGUCGCGGGUACCGGGCCAGCUGCCGAACCACGCGCCCGACCGUGCUAACUAUUAGGUAGCUAUAAUUCUUAGAAAAGUCCCGUAAUCUUAGUAAUACAAACGAACUAUUAAUCGAUAUCGACAUUUCUGCAUUUAACGGGCAAUCAUAAAGAUUGAAGGCACUUUACGAACUUACCGAAACGCAGCCUCAUUUUGAAAUUAUCAUUCCUGGUGUAACUUUAUUUCACUUGUUACUAUUAAUUUAUGUUGAAGCCAAAAAAAUCGCUUUUAAGUA